UUCAAUUUGUACAGUCACGAAACAGACGAGUGAAAUCAAGGAAGCCUAAAGAUAAGUGGUUUGAUGGAGUACAGAGCAGAGUUUCCAGGAUCCAGCUCUAUGUCCAUAAACAGUGACACAUCCAGAGAUUAUCCUCCAGUCUUCAGUCAUGAACAUGGACCCUCAGUCACACAUCAUCAGCGACACAAACACAGAGCAGAGCUUCCAGGAUCCAGCUCUGUGUCCAUGAACAGUGACACGUCCAGAGAUUAUCCUCCAGUCUUCAGUCAUGAACAUGGACCCUCAGUCACACAACGUCAACAACACAAACACAGAGCAGAGUUUCCAGGAUCCAGCUCUGUGUCCAUGAACAGUGACACGUCCAGAGAUUAUCCUCCAGUCUUCAGUCAUGAACAUGGACCCUCAGUCACACAACGUCAACAACACAAACACAGAGCAGAGUUUCCAGGAUCCAGCUCUGUGUCCAUGAACAGUGACACGUCCAGAGAUUAUCCUCCAGUCUUCAGUCAUGAACAUGGACCCUCAGGCACACAAGAAACAAAGAGUAAUAAUUUUUUAGUGGGGAAGCCAACGUCCUGUUGUGUGUGGUGUCAUGGUGCCCUGAAGGAUUCAUCAGACUUCUGUCCCCAGUGUAGAGAAAAUUCCAGAACCAGAGAUAAUCAGCAGGCAGCCAAUACUGGUCUGCAAAAAGCUUUAGAUGCAUUAAAGCUCACUCUGAUUAACAGAUGUGAACAUGUAUUUGAAGGAACUGAUAAAACAGGAAGUGAAGCCCCCCUCAGAUUGAUCUACACUGAGCUCUACAUCACAGACGUGCAGAAUGAAGAGUUUCAAAUCCAACAUGAGGUCAGGCAGGUGGAGAGAACUUCCAAGAAGAAGAUACUCCAUGAAACAUCAAUCAGCUGCCAGGACAUCUUUAAAACCUUACCUGACCAACAGAGACCCAUCAGAGUGGUUGUGACAUAUGGUGUUGCUGGCAUUGGAAAAACCUUCUUGGUGCAGAAGUUCACUCUGGACUGGGCAGAGGGCUUAGAAAACCAAGACAUCAGUGCGGUGGUUCUGCUUUCAUUCAGGGAGCUGAACUUGGUCAGAGACGAGCAGUACAGUCUCCUGGAGCUGAUCCAUGUUUUCUAUCCAACAUUACAGAGCGUCACAGCAGAGAAGCUCACUAUGUGUAAUCUUUUGUUCAUCUUUGAUGGCCUGGAUGAAAGCAGACUUUUGUUAGAUUUCACCAACAGGAAGCUUGUGUCUGAUGUCACACAGAAAUCAACCAUCAGUGAGCUGCUGACAAAUCUCAUCGAGGGAAAUCUGCUUCCCUCUGCUCUCAUUUGGAUAACAUCCCGACCUGCAGCAACAAGUCAAAUCCAUCCAACAUGUGUUGACAGGAUGACAGAAGUUCGAGGCUUCACUGAUGCUCAGAAGCAGGAGUACUUCAGGAGGAGAUUCAAAAAGAACAAGCUGUCAAGCAGAAUCAUCUCCCACUUGAAGACAUCCAGGAACCUUUACAUUAUGUGUGGGAUUCCAGUCUUCUGCUGGAUCACUGCUACAGUUCUGGAGCACAUGUUGACUACAGAAAAGAGAGCAGAGCUGCCCAAGACCCUGACUGACAUGUACUCACACUUCCUGCUGGUUCAGACAAAGAAAAAGCACAAGUACAGUGAGGGGCAAGGGAUGAGGCGACAAAAGCUCAUGGAUACUGACAGGGAAGUUCUUUUGAAGCUGGGGAGGCUAGCAUUUGAACAUCUGCAGAAGGGAAACAUCCUGUUCUACCAAGAAGACUUGGAGCAGUGUGGUCUGGAUGUCACAGAGGCCUCUGUGUACUCAGGAGUUUGUACAGAGAUCUUCAAAAAAGAGUCUGUGAUCUUCCAGAAACCAGUUUACUGCUUUGUUCAUCUGAGUGUUCAGGAGUUUCUGGCUGCAGUCUACAUGUUCCACUGUUACACCAACAGGAAGACAGAGGUGCUGCAGGACUUCUUUACUGAGGACGAUAAAGGAAAUAAGAUAUCUCCGGAAGAUAUCUCAUCUCUGGAAGGUUUUCUGAGCAGAGCCAUGGAGAAAUCGUUCCACUCUAUGUUCGGCCAACUGGAACUGUUUGUUCGCUUCCUUCAUGGCCUCUGUCUAAAGUCCAACCAGAGACUCUUAGGAGGUCUGCUGGGUCAGACAGAGUACAAUCCUGAAAGCAUCCAGAGAGUUAUCAACAACCUAAAGGAGAUUAGCAGUAAUGGCAAGUGUCCUGACAGAUGUCUAAACAUUUUCCACUGUCUCAUGGAGAUGAAGGACCUCUCAGUACAUCUGGAGAUCCAAGAGUUUCUAAAGUCACAGAACAAAUCAGAGAAGAAACUCUCUGGAAUUCAGUGCACAGCUCUGGCACAUAUGUUGCUCAUGUCAGAGGAGGUUUUGGAUGAGUUGGAUCUGGAAAAGUACAACACAACACAGGAGGGUAGAGAGAGACUGGUUCCAGCUCUUAAGAACUGCAGAAAGGCUCGACUUCAUGAGAUUUUUGUCUAUAUGGGUAAAUGUGGCCCUGUGGCCUCAGCUCUGAGGUCCAGCCCCUCCCAUCUGAAAGAGCUGUGCCUGAGUUCAAUCAACCUGGAGAUUCCAGCAGAUGAAACUUUUGCUAAUCUGGGGGAUCCAAACUGUAGACUGGAGACACUCAGAUUUGAGAACAGCACUUUGUCAGAGAACAACUGUGCUGCUCUGCUCAGUGCUCUGAAGUCCAACCCCCCCUAUCUGAAACAUCUGGAUCUAAUAAGAUGCACCCUGGAGGGUUCAGGAAUGAAACAGCUGUAUGAUUACCUGGAGAGUCCACACUGUAAACUGAAGUUUAACAGAGUGACUUUGGUUUAGAUGCUGCACUGUGUUCUAAACAGAUCAAGACAUGCAGUGAUGCCUACAAACUAAUCCUGAAAGGAAACAGUGGUCAAAGCGUGGCUCUACUCAGACUUCCUGAAUCUGUUCCAGAACGUAUGAAGACACAAAUACAGUGUGGCCUUAACUCCAAUGUCAAGCUUUGGUUUAUAGAUAAGGUCUUUCGAAACUAAUGAACUUCUCUUCAGUGGAUGGAGUACAGGACUGAGGUAAAACACCUCGACCUCAGAGUGUGCUGAGGUCAUUUCCGCUUCAGACACUCCUAUACACCUUUACUUCCUGGAUCACUCCUAUGAACCAGUCAGUGUGUCAGUAUGGGAAUGUUGACUUUUCUACAGUGUGAAACAUUCAGCUCACCCAGCUAAAGGACACUUUGUAUUCAGUUUUGAUUUGUUACAGAGCAGAAUCUUGUGAAACAGGUUUCAUUGCACUGAUUUCACACCCAAGGACCCACUGAGGAGACCACAGUUAGAAUGUACAUUGAAAACAAAGAGAUGUUGUCAUUUGUCUUACGAGAGUUAGUAAACUUUGGAAUAAGUUCUGCUACUUUAUUUGGACUAAUGAGCUCUUAUUUUAUACCUACAGAUACUCUCCUAAGUUAAAGAAUACUUUUGAGGUACAAUAGCUGCCAUCUAGAUGGUCCUGGAACUAAAAACAGACUUUGCUUGUGCAGGUCCUUGUUUAUUAUUUUACUGUGAGAUGUUUUAAUAAUUUCACUACUGUAAUUUUACUGUUGAACAUUGUCUUGAUUGUGGUGUUGCAUUAGCGAUCCAGCAGUGUGUUUUUCAGUGCUGUGUCAUAUUACAGCUCAGAGAAGGGUGUGUCACAUGUACAGUGGUAAAUGUGAAUCCAGUUUUGUAAUUUUGCAAUAUUUGGAAAAUACAGAUACUUGGUUAAAGAUGUAUAGUCCAUCUGAAAAGUGUUCAGAAAACUAACAUUUUUUCAUGUUACAGUUUUAUUCCAAGAUAGAUUAAAAUUCAUUGUCAUGA